AAAAAGAAUUCAAAUGGCAUAAAAAAGAUGAUGGCUACAACAGAAGUACUAUCUGUAAUAAAUCAUUUAAGCAAGAUGAUUUUGUGAAAAGAAAAAGAAAAAGAGAACUAAGAGAAGCGGGUGUAAAAUGACUUAGGGAAAACUAAAGGGUAAAUCGUUUUACGUACAAAACCAUGGGUUUUCAGUUGACCAGUAAAAUAACUUAAUUUUCAUUUUUCCAACCAAACACUAGAAAUUGGAAAUAUGGAAAAUGUUUUUCGGAAGCUGUUCUAUAAUCUAUAUGAAACAAAUGAAACCUUAAAAAUCAAGUUCAGUACUAAAAUGACCUCUUCCGGAAAACGAUAGGUCUACAUUUCAGUACUAUUUACGAUGAUAGUUAUGGAAAUUGAUGUCUGAGUCCCAGAUCUAUUUUAACUUCCAUGUGAAAGUCAUCGGUUGUUGUGCUUGAAUAUUGCAGAUUCCUCAUCUCCAUUACUUAGAUCUUAGCUACUGCCUACCCAAAACCCACAACUGUUUCCUCCUCUAUUUUCCCAUCUUAGCUACCUUCAGUCCACAAAAUAAACCCUUUCCAUUACUUCACUCUUCGUCUUUUCCUCCCCUCUCAUCAUCUUCUGCUCCGCAUUAGCUUGGUGUUUGUAACAACAGUUUCCUUAUUAUUAUUUGAAUCUGUUCCCCUCUCCUAUUCUAUCACUUACACUUGUUGCUUGACUUUUGAAUCUACCUUUCCCCAGAAAAACAUGGAAGUUAUUACGGGCACCGCUAGCAACCUUGUUGCCGGAGUUGUGGGAUACGUGUUCCAAAAAAUUAUACGUAAUUUCAGCUAUGUUUGCCGCUAUAGAAGAAUGGUUUCGGGUUUCGAGAAGAAAGUCGAGACGUUGAAAGACAAAAGAGACGGAGUGCUGCUAGAUGUUGAUGCUGCCCGAAAGAACGACGAGAAUAUAUACCCCGAAGUCAACAGUUGGCUGGCGAAAGCCGAUAAAAUGAUCGAUUCAGAGUUGAAGGAAGUGAAGGGUCUUGAAGACGAAGCAAAGAACAAGUGUUUCAUCAGCUUGUGCCCUAAUUUCAAGGCUCGCUAUCAGCUUAGCAAAAAAGCAGAAGAAGAUGCCGGUGCCGUUGAUGAACUCCUCCAGCAAGGCGGGUUUGACAAAGUAUCAUAUCGGGAUGUCCCGCAGCCCGUAGUGGUUGUGCCUCCCAAAGAUUUUGAUGACUUUGAUUCAAGAAAAUUGGUGUUUAACAAGAUCAUGGAGGCGGUGAAAGAUCCUAAUCUCAACAUUAUAGGGGUCUACGGAAUGCCCGGUGUUGGCAAGACCACGCUUGUCAAAGAAGUUAUUAGACAAGUCAAAGAAGAUAAGUUAUUCGACUCGGUGGUUAUGGCUGUUGUGACUCAUACUGCUGACAUCAAGAAAAUUCAAGACCAAAUUGCAGAUGAGUUGGGAUUGACAUUUAAGGAGCAGAGUAUGAGUGGAAGAGCAAGUCGGUUGUGCCAAAGGUUGAAGAAAGAGAAGAAGAUUUUUGUUGUUUUAGAUGACAUUUGGGCAAAGUUAGACCUGAUGGAAGUGGGGAUUCCUUUCGGAGAUGAGCAUGAGGGAUGCACCAUGUUGCUGACGUCUAGAGAUCUUAAUGUUUUGUCCAAGGAUAUGGAUGCUAAAAUGAGGUAUUCAAUCGGAGUUUUAGAACAUGAAGAAGCUUGGGAGUUCUUCAAGAAGAUUGCAGGGGACGGUGUUGAAAGUUCUGACUUGUUACCUAUAGCAACUGAGGUAGCUAAAAAAUGUGGCGGUCUACCAAUCGCCAUAAGAACACUUGCAACGUCUUUGAGAAAUGAACCUCCAUUUGUAUGGGAGGAUGCUUUGCGACAACUAAACCGACCGUCAUCGAGCAACUUCAUAGAAGAAUCGGCAGCUGCAUAUUCAAGUAUACAGUGGAGUUAUGAUCGUUUACAAAGUGAGGAGCAUAAACAGAUUUUCUUACUUUGCGGUCUAAUGGGUCGUAAUGUUUUCUUUGAAGGGUUGCUUCUGUUUGCAAUGGGGUUAGGGCUAUUUCAUGGUGUCAACACAGUUGAAGAAACACGAAACAGACUGUUGACAGUGGUGAAUCAUCUCAAAGCUUCUUGUUUGUUACUUGAUGGUUAUAACAAUCUACAUGUUGAUAUGCAUGAUCUUAUUUGCGAUGCAGCCAAGUCAAUUGCUGCCAACCACGUGUUUGUUUUAAGAGACGGAGAUGUUUUGAAUGAUUGGCCAGAUGACGAAACGAUGAAAGAGUGUGACAAAAUACUUUUGGCGUGUCCUAGUACCAACAAGCUUCCUGAUCAGCUGAAAUGCCCCAAACUUACUUUUUUAGGUAUGGGUAGCAAGGAUCGUUUGAUGAAAAUACCAGAAAACUUUUUUAAGGAAAUGAAAAAUCUCAAAGUCCUAAUUUUGUCUGACAUGAAUUUACCGUUCUUGCCUUCAUCAAUUUCCUUGCUGCCAAACCUUCGAACAUUAUUCUUGAAUGAUUGUGCGUUGGGAGACAUUGCCCUCAUCGGAGAGCUCAAGAAUCUGGAAAUUCUUAGCUUUGACGGUUCUGAUAUUGAAAUGCUACCGGAGGAAAUAGGACAACUGACUAAGCUAAAGUGGUUAGAUUUAACUGAUUGUUCCAAACUCAAAAGAAUCCCACCUGGUGUCUUCUGCAAAUUGUCUAGAUUAGAAGAACUGUAUGUGGAUGACUGUUUUGUUGGAUGGGGAGCAGAGGGAAACUCCAGUCAGGAAAGCAAUUGUAGUGUUGCUGAGUUAAAUGCUUUGUCAUGUUUAACUACUUUAGAAAUUCAUUUCCCUAAUGCCAAGAUUAUUCCCAAAGGCUUCUCCUUUGAAAAGUUGCGAAGAUACAUUAUUUUAAUCGGAGAAGCAUCGGUUUGGGAUUGGGAUUGGGGCUGGGUUCGUGAAUACUCCAGAACCCUAAAGCUUAGCCUACAGACAAGCAUUAGGUUUCUUAAUAAUGGAGUCAAAGUUUUAUUGAAGAAGGCUGAAAAUUUAUAUGUAGAUGAAGUGAAAGGUGUGGAGAUUUUGCUACAUGAAUCAGAAGUUGGGGAUUAUUUUCAACAGUUGAAGAAUCUGCAUAUCCAGAAUGGUGCAAUGAUCCAAUAUAUCCUUAAAGAUAAUGGGGAUGUCCACAAAAUUGAAUCUCAACUAGAGACUUUGACACUCCAGGACCUACCAAAGCUCAUUAGCUUUUGCUCUGAAAAUGAAGGUUCCACUUCCAUAUCUCCACAGGGAACAUUAACCCUUUUUAACCAAAAGGUUAUCCCCCAAUUGGAGGAGGUUUCAUUUACUGGCGAUUGUAUUAAGAUGAUAAGUGAUGGCCAGUAUGAGUCCAACUUAUUUUGCAAUAUAAAAUUUCUUCGGAUUUCUUCCUACUCUGAUGUAUCAGUUGUUUUCCUCAGUUCUUUUCUUAGAAGGUUUUACAAUUUGGAAAGUCUUAGGCUAGGUUCUUGCAAUUUUAAAGAGCUAGCUUCUUUCGAAAUUGAUGCAUGUGAAGAUCAAGACAUGAUCAUCACGAUUCCAAAAGUCAAAAAGUUGAGAUUGGAUGUGGUUAACAACAUAAGACAUCUAUGGAAGCAAGACUCCCCACUUGGCCCUAUUUGUGCGAGUCUCGAAUGUCUUGAAGUUCGGAAAUGUGGCAAUUUGAUUAAUUCAAGAUUAGAUUUUUCAUUUUCUGAAAAUCUUACAACUUUAGACGUCUCCGAAUGCGAUGAGAUGUUAGAGCUGAUAACAUCUUCCAAAGCCCAAAGUUUGGCGUGCCUUGUUACAAUGAGGAUAAGAGAAUGUGAAAGGAUGAGAGAAGUAGUUGCAAGCGACGGGGAUGAAACAUCAUACGAGAUUGUUUUCAGAGCGCUGAAACGUUUGGAGCUUCAUUGUUUACAAAGCCUCACGAGCUUUUGUUCAAGGAAUUACACCUUAAGGUUUCCUUCCUUAGAACAAGUUACUUUGAGCCAGUGCCCUAGAAUGAAGAACUUCAAUCAAGGAGAGCUAAAAACACCAAAUCUGCAAAAGGUACAGUUAACAGAAACAGAUUUUAGGGGACGUUGGGCUGGUGACCUAAAUGCCACCGUGGAGCAAUUAUACCAAGAGCAGGUUGGAUACCGUGGUCUAAAGCAUUUGAAGUUGUCAGAGUUUCCGGAGCUGGUAGACAUAUGGAGUAGAAAUCCUCAAGAAAUGUUGGAUUUUACAACUCUUGAAUUUCUGGAGUUUUGUGAUUCCAACAGUUUGAGAUACAUUUUUAACCUCUCAAUGGCCUUUGGCCUGAGGCAACUUCGGCAAAUGGAAAUCAAGAGAUGUAGUAAUUUGGAACAAGUCGUCAAAGAAGAGGGUCCAAUUACAAUGGUUGAGGAAGCAAUAAUAGAUAGUAGCAAGAUUAUUAGCAUAUUCCCUCGUCUACAAUUCAUUAUAGUGGAGUCUUGCCCAGAUAUGACAAGCUUUUACAUGGGAAGUAAAGGUCUUGAAUGUCCAUUCUUGGUUGAAAUUAAGAUAGUUGAUUGUUCAAACAUGACUACUUUUGUUUGCACAUUUUCGAGAGAUGAAGAUAAAGAAGUAAUAAUUGGCGACGAAGUUGAUAAUGUUGCUGCAAUUUUCUCUGACGAGGUUAUCCCCCAAUUGGAGGAGGUUUCAUUUACUGGCGAUUGUAUUAAGAUGAUAAGUGAUGGCCAGUAUGAGUCCAACUUAUUUUGCAAUAUAAAAUUUCUUCGGAUUUCUUCCUACUCUGAUGUAUCAGUUGUUUUCCUCAGUUCUUUUCUUAGAAGGUUUUACAAUUUGGAAAGUCUUAAGCUAGGUUCUUGCAAUUUUAAAGAGCUAGCUUCUUUCGAAAUUGAUGCAUGUGAAGAUCAAGACAUGAUCAUCACGAUUCCAAAAGUCAAAAAGUUGAGAUUGGAUGUGGUUAACAACAUAAGACAUCUAUGGAAGCAAGACUCCCCACUUGGCCGUAUUUGUGCGAGUCUUGAAUGUCUUGAAGUUUGGAAAUGUAGCAAUUUGAUUAAUUUAGGAUUAGAUUUUUCAUUUUCUGAAAAUCUUACAACUUUAGAUGUCUGCAAAUGCGAUGAGAUGUUAGAGUUGAUAACAUCUUCCAAAGCCCGAAGUUUGGCGGGCCUUGUGACAAUGAAGAUAAGAGAAUGUGAAAGGAUGAGAGAAGUAGUUGCAAGCGACGGGGAUGAAACAUCAUACGAGAUUAUUUUCAGAGCACUGAAACAUUUGGAGCUUCAUCGUUUACAAAGCCUCAUGAGCUUUUGUUCAAGGAAUUACACCUUAAGGUUUCCUUCCUUGGAACAAGUUACUUUGAGCCAGUGCCCUAGAAUGAAGAACUUCAAUCAAGGAGAGCUAACAACACCAAAACUGCAAAAAGUGCAGUUAACACAAACAGAUUUUAGGGGACGUUGGGCUGGUGACCUUAAUGCCACUGUGGAGCAAUUAUACCAAGAGCAGGUUGGAUACCGUGGUCUAAAGCGUUUGAAGUUGUCAGAGUUUCCGGAGCUGGUAGACAUAUGGAGUAGAAAUCCUCAAGAAAUGUUGGAUUUUACAACUCUUGAAUUUCUGGAGGUUUGUGAUUCCAACAAUUUGAGAUACAUUUUUAACCUCUCAAUAGCCUUUGGCCUGGGGCAACUCCGGCAAAUGGAAAUCAAGAGAUGCGGUAAUUUGGAACAAGUCAUCAAAGAAGAGGGUCCAAUUACAAUGGUUAAAGAAGCAAUAACAGAUGGUAGCAAGAUUAUUAGCAUAUUCCCUCGUCUACAAUCCAUCAUAGUGGAGUCUUGCCAAGACAUGACAUGCUUUUACAUGGGAAGUAAAGUUCUUGAAUGUCCAUCCUUGGUUGAAAUUAAGAUAGUUGAUUGUUCAAACAUGACUACUUUUGUUUGCACAUUUUCAAGAGAUGAAGAUAAAGAAGUGAUAAUUGGUGACGAAGUUGAUAAUGUUGCUGCAAUUUUCUCCAACAAGGUUGCUUUUCCUAAUUUGGAGAAAAUCACAAUCUCCCAUUUGAGGAACGCAAAGAAGAUAUGGCAUAGCAAACUUCAUAAGAAUUCAUUUUUUAUGCUAAAAGAGUUGACUGUUAAGGAAUGCGAUGUGUUGUUGAACAUCUUUCCACCUCUUCUUUUGGGAGUUUUCUAA